AUGAAAGUUAAGGAGUGCAUUCAAAAGAUAAUAGGAAGAAGCAUUUUCGACAGCAGAGGAAUCCCCACUGUGGAGGUAGACUUGAACACUGUGAUAGGCAGGGUGCGGGCAAGCUGCCCCUCCGGCGCGUCGACAGGGUCCCAAGAGGCCCUGGAAAUACGGGACGCAGAAAAGUCCGUGUGCAUGGGAAAGGGCGUGCAGAAGGCUCUUAUGGGAGUAGAGGAGAUCGCCACUUCGCUAAUAACAAAGUCUUUUAAGAUUACCUGCCAGGAGGAAAUAGACAAGCACAUGAACGAGCUGGACGGAACCCCAAACAAAAGCCGGCUUGGCGCAAACGCAAUACUCCCCAUGUCGAUCUGCUUUGUCCGGCUUGGUGCCCGGUACCUGCGGAUUGAGGACUGGAUGUACAUCCGGAUGCUCAUGAACAACCAGCCUAGUGAAAGCAAGAAAGAGGCGCCUGAAAACGAAGUUCUGCACCUUCCAACAGGCGGGGUCCUGGUAAACAACAUGCAGGCGGACAGCAGACUUGGCAGUGUAGAAAGCGCUUUGGCUGGGCCCGGCAGCACAGAAAAGGAGCGGCUGCGCAAAAAGCUAAAGGCAUCCACUCCCCAAAUAUUUUUCAAUGUGAUCAAUGGAGGAGCGCACUCGGACAACGGCCUUUUUGUGCAGGAAGUCAUGGUUUCCUUUGAAGGAAGCACUCCUUACACGAUGCUUUCGUCUGCUUCUGAGUUCAUAGCCGCUCUAAAGAGCAUAGUUAAGCAGAAGUACAAGCUCACCGGGGUUGGCGACGAGGGCGGGUUUGCUCCUCCAAUCAACUCGCUGGAAGAAGCGCUUGACCUGAUCCAGAGCGCCUCGCAGGAGUCUGGGGUAACUCCGCAGAUUGCACUAGACGUGGCUGCCUCUGAGUUCUACAAAAACAACAUGUACAAUGUUGGAUGGAAAACCACAGAGAAGCUUAUUGGGGCAGACGAGCUUGCCGAGUACUAUGAAAAAAUCAUAAAAAAGUACAAGGUGUGCAUGAUUGAGGACCCCUUUGACGAGAAGGACUAUGCUGGCUGGGCGGCUUUUAUGAAAAGGGCAGACUCUCUGGGUGUGCGGGUUGUUGGCGACGACCUGAUUGUGACAAACCCCGAGCUCAUUCGGCAGGCAGGGGAGAAAAAGCUGUGCAAUGUUGCCCUAAUAAAAAUGAACCAGAUUGGAACGAUCACAGAGACGAUCUCCGCGGUUAAAGAGGCAAGGCAGCAGGGCAUGAAGGUGAUGGCCAGCCACAGAAGCGGCGAAACCGAGGACGCCUUUCUGGCCCACUUGUCUGUUGGAAUUGACGCCGACUACCUCAAGGCGGGGUCUUUAUGCCGGUCUGAGCGGGUGUGCAAGUACAACGAGCUUAUCCGAAUAUUUGAAAAGUGCAAGAUAGACACGAUCUAG